GGAUCCUUCGCGCCUUCCUCCUCUUAACCUUCCUCCAGUUCCAGACCUCCGGCACACCCCCCUCCCCCCUCUCUGGAGGGUCCCCUCCCCGCUGCCCUGGCUCCAACCCGUCGCCAGGACAAUGGCCCCAAGGCUAACCUCCAGGAGAUGGGGCGGGUCCGUGUUGAGGAUCCAGAGAUUCAGCUGGACGCCCCUGGACCCAAAUGCUCCCAGACCCAGACUUCACUACUAUAGCGUCCUCCAGAGCAGCAGGGUCUCCAUGAGCAGGGCCCCCCCCGACCCGCCUCCGUCCUGGGUGUACGAUAGGACACGACCCCCUGAAGAACAAGAAGGAGCCCAGGUGAAACCAGACACAUGAUGUCACUUUCAGAGAGCACUCCAGGGUAUGUUGUGAUAGUCCAGUGUUGUACAGCCAGGCAGCAGAGAGCAGAAACACCUGCCAGAGCCCCCCAGAGAAGAGACCACAGGUCUAGACAUGGGUCUGAAGAGGACCUACAAUACCUGGCUCCCAGGAGUGCCCAGAAGAGGCUUUCCUCCUGUCAUCCCAGAAGACAGAGAGGAAGAAGGCGGCGAUGAGGCAGCGGAGCAGCGGGAGGAAGAGAGGGAGGAGCAAGAGAGCGGCCUUGUAGGUCAGGCUGGAGGAGAGACAUGUCUGAAGGUAGCCAUGCUUGAUUCAUGCGGGAAGUCUUCUCCUCUGGCUCAGAUCCGUAACUAUGGACGACACUGGCCUGGAGAUCAAGGGGGAGGACCAGGGUCCACAGGUGCUGGUCUUCACACUGGCCUUCUGAAAGUCCCGAUGCCCCGGCAUGCCCGGUCAAACCCGAGCCCCAAGGCUGCCCAGAACCAGCGGGAGAACCAGAACCAGGGAGUGGGUCUGCCCCCGCUGGACCAGACCCGGCUUGGGAUCAGAGGACGUCAGGGUCCAGAAGAACCUCUGGUUGGACCACUGAUGUUCGCUAUUUCAGAACCAUCUGGGACUGUCCCACAGAACAGAGAGGAAAGAGGAGAGCAGAGAAUCCGAGGACAUGGGCAUGGAUGUAAAGGAGUGGAAGAAAGAAGUGAAGAAAGAGGAGCUGAAAAAGUCUGUGUGAUUCUACUUCAACCGUUAGCAGAGAUGGCUACUCCUGUGCUGAUGCAUUGCUUUGAGGGGAGGAAAGGCCCAGGGAGGCAGAGUUCUCUGGCUGCCCUGCACACCAGACAGCUUGACCCCCGUUCUGACCUCCACAACCUCCAUGACCUCCAGGAGUCUGGGGGUACCAGCGGGGGGGUGGUGAGGGGCACACUGCCCCAGGUGCUGAGAGAGUUCCAGGCAAGGCAGUCCAUGGGCAGCCUGCUCUUGGCUCCUGAUGGGGAGGUCCUUCAGCUGUCCCUCUAUGAGAACCACGCAGAUAGGCUCCAGCUGGCGCACCGUGAUGAGGUCACAGAGGAGGAGAAGGGGCAAGAACAGCUGCCCUGGGUCUCUUCCCUGAGGCCCGAACACACACAGAGAGAGGGGAAGAUGGACGUAGACCAGGACCUGGAUCAUCACAUGGACCACCAUAGGACCAGACAGCAUAUACCAGGAGGUUCAAAGACCCUGACAGCCCACCACCAGAAGUCUUCAUCUUGGACCCAGCAGACCAGCGCCAACCGGUCCAUAGAGGCUCCAGCAGUACCACAACAAGACCCCAGACAAUCCACAAGGCCCUGUUACCCGGGCAGAGACCAGGCGGUAGCAGACCUCGCCUGUCCUCUAGUAUCCAUGGCAACAGAGGACUCGAGUACAGAGAUGGCCCAGAGAACAUGGAACGGACGAAAGAAGGAUGUGAGGAAGAAGAGGAGAGGAGAUGAGGAGCUAGGGAGGGCAGAGGAUUUCUCUAAGGACGAUGGCAGGCUCUGUCCAACGCCAGCCAAUAGCGGACAGGCUGCUAAGACUGCAGCCAAUAGGCAUACGUGUGUCACUUCAGGGGAGGAGGACCUAUCCCCCCCAUCCAGCCCCCCAGGAGGCCAUUGUAGGAGCAGGAAGGAGGAUAGAGAAAACUCAAACACAGGACAGGACUUGCCUGGGAGUCAGACAGGAAGUAGAACUCACCGGGACCAGAAGAUGAGAGGCAGGAGGGGGCGGAGCCUGUCAAAGCAACCACAAAAGGGUGAUCGACCAAUCAGGGACCAGGAGGAAGAGAGGAGCGACCGCCAAGAGGAUACAGAAACUCACAACACUGCGAUCUCCAUGGUUACGAGAGACCCAAGAAGAGAGAGGGGUGAGGAGAGGAGAAGGAGGCAGACAGGAGUUGGAGGAGAGGAGAGAAGGGUGGGAAGGGGAAGGAGAGGGGAAGGAAAGCAGACGGUGGAGGAAGAAGAGGAGAAGCAGCCGUCUGUGAGGAAGAGGAGGGGACGCGGUGAACAGGAGGACUUUCUUGUUGGUAAACCUCAGGAUUCUGUUUUGAGAGACAAGAGAUACCAGACCAAAAGAGAGACAGACAGAUUGAACGAAAGACAGAUAGAAAGAGAGACAGACCAAGAGACAAGAAGACAGACAGAUAGAGAGGAAGACAGAUACACAGAGAGAUGGACAGGUAGGGAGACAUGCAGCAAAACAAGCAGACAGACAGAAAGAGAGACGAGCAGAGAGACAUACCGAUACACAGAUAGUGAGACAGAUUGCUCCCUCUUGACCGCUGAAUGGGAGCUGAGUUUGGUCCAAUCAGGGAGCCUUCCUCGGUCAGCUGUUACCACGUCCUCCAGUCAGAGAAGCUAUCCUCGGUCAGCUUUCACCAACACCUCUAAUCAGAGAAGCUUGCGGCAGGCGGCUGCCUUCUGUGGAGGGGCGGGGCCAAAGGGGAGCGCUGGGAGCAUGCCCUCCUCUGCUGUCAUGGUAACCAAGGAGCAGCUGAUGCUGGACCUGGUCCAAUCAGAGCCUCCUGAGAGGAACGUGGUUUCCGCUGCAGUAGUGCGUCUGGACCAACAGAGGGCAGCACAGCGAGUCGGGAAGCACCGGCAGGAGGUCGAAAAGAAGAGACGGGAGAAAGAGGAGGAGAAGAGGAGACAGCAAGAGAAGGAGGAGAGAGAGGAGGAGGAGAGAGAGAAGAGAGAGGGGAGGAUGCGUGAGGAGCUUGAAGAGGAGAGGAGACGGAGGGCAGGGGAGAUCAGAUUAAAGAGAGAGAGGGAGGAAGAGCAGCAGAGGGUGAACGAGGCAGAGAACAGGGAGAGAGAGAGCCAGGAGCAGGCUAAAGGAGAAUCUGAGAGGAGGCGGGUGGAGGAGAGGAGGAGACACGCAGAGAGACUCCAGAGAAUGAGAGAGGAGGAGGAGAAACGAAGAGCAGUUGAACAGGAACGUCUUCACCAGGAGGAGAAUGAGAGGAGGGAGGAGGAGAACAGAAGGGUGGAGGGGAUGGAGGAGGGCGAGAGGGAGGAAUAUCUACACAGGAGGCAGGAGGAAGAUGAGGAAAGGAGGCAGGUGGAGAAGGAGAGGAGGAGGAGGGAGGAGGAGGCUGCUCUUUCGGCCCUAAAGGAAGCCCGACGCAGUGGGGCGCUCUUUGCCAGACAGAGGGCGCUGUUGGAGCAGCAGCUGUCCUUUAAACGGGGUCUCCUGCUCGAGGCUGAGGGGCUGGAUACCGGACAGGAUGUCUCCAGACCUUGGGUCUACUCCUACUUGGCCCUCCUGGACCUCCUGGGACUCCCCAAGCCUGACCCAGCGGAGCCUGACCUUUAACCUCUCGGCUCUGUUUUGACGCCAACCAGCUUCUAAUGAAACUAGAGACUGAACACUGCUGUUUUCAGUCUAUGUUCUCCAGUAGCUAGCCUUAAGUUUAGCAUGCUAGGUAGCAAGGCUCAGGGAGCAAGUAAACUGUGUACUGUAGACAUUAGCCUUUAGUUUAGCAUGCUAGUUAGCAGGCUAAGAGAGCAAAUAUACUGUGUAGUCAUUAGCCUUUAGUUUAGAAUGCUAGGUAGCAAGGCUCAGAGAGCAGAUCGACUGUGUAGACAUUAGCCUUUAGUUUAGCUUGCUAGGUAGCAAGGCUUAGAGAGCAGAUAGACUGCAGACAUUAGCCUUUAGUUUAGCAUGCUGGGUAGCAAGGCUCAGAGAGCAGAUAGACUGCAGACAUUUGCCUUUAGUUUAGAGUGCUGGGUAGCAAGGCUCAGAGAGCAAUUAAACAGUGUUGACAUUAGCCUUUAGUUUUGCAUGCUAGGUAGCAGGCUAAGAGAGCAGAUAUAAUUUGAGGACAUUAGCCUUUAGUUUAGCAUUCUAUGUUGCAAGUCUCAGUGGGCAGAUAGACUGUGUAGACAUUAGCCUUUAGUUUUGAAUGCCAGGUAGCAAGGCUCAGAGAGCAGAUAGACUUUGCAGACAUUAGCCUUUAGUUGACCCUGCUAGAUAGCAAGGCUCAGAGAGCAGAUAGACUGUGUAGAGUUAAUGUGCCAUCCUAGUAAUGUCUAUAAUAUUUCCUGCUUCACAAAUAAAGUUAAUUGAAGAAAAUGAAA